GAGACAGCAGCAGUUGGUGUCUUGAGCUGGUCUGCGCGGCAGAGAGGGAACUGGAACUGGAAGAAAAAAGACGGAAAGAAAAUAUUUUAAACCGUUUACCAAGAAUCCGAAAGGAAACGAAGCAAAGAUUUUCAAAAUGGGAAUUGCGUAUUCGAAACGAAUUUACUAGGAAGUGUGUAACUGAUAGCUAGUUAUAUUUUAGAUCGGCGUGUGUUCGGUGUGAGCUGUAACCCAACAUGGCGCUGCGAGGCAUAACCAGGCUGAAUUAAUUGCUUGAGUCCAAGGACUGUCGCCACCUGUACCCUUGUACUAUAUACGGAGAUCGAACCUCGCAUUCGGACCUAGGAGUAUACCGAUUUGGAUCUGGGAUUCUGAGGAUGUCUACAAACCACUUUUAUUUUGCGCAUUUUUCCCCAACUGGAAAUACUCCGAGACUUUGGAUCGCUACAAGAAAGUACUCUCUUUACUGCUUUCUGCGAGUGUAAAACAAAAACCAUAAAUCCCUUGAAUUUCUUCUGGUUAGUAAAGAACGUUUAGCAAUAUUCAGUCGCAGAACGGUCGCCCCUGUUUUGAUCGAGACGGUGGUCUGAGUUUGGCUGGAAUGUUUGAGCUUCUGUGAAACAGGAUCGUGUCUGGUUUGAACUGAUCAACUCGGAAACUUAAAACAGGAGAAAUAAGCGUGAAGUUCUAUACACGGUUGGAUUCUGCACUAAAAUAACUCUAAACUUUGUCCAGGAAGGUACCUGUACGUUAUGGUGAACCCCAGAAGCCACGCCUGGAAUUGACAAAAGAGACCCCCAUCAAUCAAAGCAUGGUGGAUGCGAGUGCGGCCUGCAGGAUGAACCCGCUAGCAGCACUCGGCAUGGACCGGAGCAGCCUGAUGCGGGAGAGCCUCCGCGUGCACGGCGGGGUGGUGUACCCGGCGCUCCGCACCCUGUCCGCCGACAAGGCCCGGGAGGGCGCCACCCUGCCCCUUGGAUACGUCAGCGACCGCAUGCCCGACCUACACUACAAACCCGACGUGGCGCUGGAGAACCGCAAGCCUGCCAGCAGCUACGUCAGCCUCUACAAGAGCCCCACGCCGGGCCUGCAGAAGCCCCUGUUGGUGCCAGGGGGCGGAGGAGACGCCCUGGGGCUGGACCGGCACGUGGGUCCUGCUGAUAAGCCGUCCGAACUGGGUCUGAACGGCAGCAGCAGCUACCUGCGCCUGCCCUGGGUGAGCCCUUACCAGGACGCAGGGAUGUACCCUUUCCUGGACUCUACCAAAUAUGCAGCUCUCAACAUGUACAAGGCCUCCUUUAUUUCUCAGCCCUCCCCUUACCUGACCCAGCACCUCCCCUAUCAGCCUCUGUGCGCCGGAGCAGGGGGAAGUGCUGCUGGUGCAGAGCGCUUGUUCUACAUGCCCCCAUACCCCCCUGCCCCUAUCUCCUCCCCACUCGCCCCUCCCAUGAGGAUCCCCACAGCGACCGUUGCCCCGACCGCACUCUCCCCGCUGGUGCACUGCCAGGACAAGGGCAUGCAGAGCAUCGGGCCGCGGAUCCACCCCGACGCCUCUGCCUUCGGGCAGCAGCUCCACCAACAGCCCCCCCAGCCUCCCUCCCUUCACCAGUCCCACAGCGAGCGGCAGCACAGCAGCAGCAGCAGCAAGUCCAGCCGUAUCCCCUCCAGCAAAAGCUCCAGCAGCAGCAGCAGCAGCGCCAUGAGCAGCAGCAGCAGCCUCCCAGUGGACUCCACCGCAGCCCUGCUGAUGCAGUCCCCUCGCCCGCCCACCUGCCUCACCCAGCCCCCUGCCCCUCCGCCACCCUCCCUCUUGGACAGCACUUUGGAUUACCAGAAGCCUCUGCUUCGAUGCCCUCCCUCCUCCACCUCGUCCUCCUCGUCCCCGUCAAUGUCCCACCCGUUCUUCAUGAACAGCCUUGCCCCGGAGCACCCGUCCCCGGCUCGGCCCUCUGGCCACAAGUCCAAAAGCAAGGAGGGGAGCUCUGAGCACAGGAGCAGUGGAGGGGAGAGGAAGUCCAGCAAGUCUCCCUCCAAGACGGCAUCUGAGAAGCAAGCUCAGCAGGCUCCCACAAAGGACCCUGCUGAUAAGCCCUUAGACUUGUCUGCCAAAAUACCAGACUUUGGAGCACCUCCCAACGGAUUCCCCCCUAAACUGGAGGCCUUGGCCAAACUGGGUAAUUCCCCCACGGCUCGAUACGGGCAGCCGCCCUGCCGAGAUCUCCUGAAGGAAACGCUCUCCCCCCCCUCAACAGUUAGCACUUCCUCCAAACCUCCAGAAAGACCUGAAAUAAUCAGCACUUUGCACUCCUCCUGGGUUGUGCCCGGCCCAGCCCCUACCCUGAAUCUGGACUCCAGUCAAAACCAGGGUCCAUCUGUCAUCAAAAACAAAAAUUUGGAGCGUGUGCUGCCCCAGCAGCGGAGCUCCUCCUGCCCCAGAAUUGGAGAGUCAAAUAACGCCCCCAUCCCUAACCCCACCCCUGCUGUGGUGACUCCCACAGGCCGCCCGGCUUCUGCAUCCCCCUCUCCCAAAAUAAAUGGUGAAUGGCCAAAGUCUAGUCCAGGUCCUCCUGAGAAACACCUCCCAACUAGUCAUCCUGGCAACCAGCCUUCCUCUGGGAAGCCAGUGAAAGCCCCCAAAAGACCUGAGACCCAAGAAAUAACCUACAAACCACAGCAUCUGGAGAACGGGCACACCCCCAGCCACCUAUACCUGCCCCAAAAUGAGACGUUUCUGCCUCCCACCUUACCAUAUGCAAACAGAUACCUACCAUACUCUGUCCCUGACAGCAUCCCCCUUCCUCACCUGCCUUUGCCAGGAAAAGGUCCGGUUUACCCCCAUCCUGUUCUCUUGGGUAGCAGCAGCCUGUUUCCGGCCCGCAUGGCCCCCAAGCACGGCCUGCCGUACGGAAUGCCGCCUAGUCACGGAGACUUCCUGACUUUCCACGACUCCCAAGAGAUGGUCCACCCGCUGAUGUCCCCCCACCUCACCCUGGAUCUCAAAGGCAACGAUCGGCCCGAGCGGAGGCCCAAGCCUCUAGAGAAGCCCAGACAUUAUGAGGAUACCACUCACAAGAUCCGCCACACCGCAGAGACCGCCGAUGGUGCUCGCAAGGCUGAGAGGGAGGGCGAAAGAUCAUGCAUCAGCGGCUCAAGGCCACCAAGCAAGCCGCUGGCGGCUGGGGCAAAGGACAAGAUUGUUUGCAUCGACUUGAUCCAUGACGAUACAGACGGAGGCCCCCAGACGAUAAAGCACAGCGCCCCCUCUGCCAGGAAAGGCGAUUCUACCAAGCCCACCAGCGGUGGCGCCGGGGGAAACGGCGAGGGCGCAGAGCUAGAGCUCAUGCAGCACCUCCUCUCCAGCCAGGCUGCCGUGCAGAGGCCGGCUGAGCUGGACCGGCAGCAGAUCUGCGGCAAGCCCGGGCCCGAGGAGGUGGAAGCCCCGCCAACCGCAGCCUCCCGGGAGCACGUCUCCCCCAGGCCCGUCCAGGGCAAGGAGAGUCCCGGCGAGAGCAGCCCGCUCCCGGACUUUCUGGAGCAGCAGACACUGCGCUGCGCCCGGACCUCCGGGGACAGGACCGCCGAGCAGCCCGACAAGCACGGGCUCCACCAUUACAUGGAGCUGAGCAAGGAGGGCCCGGAGGAUGCCGAGUCCCACGAGGACGACGACGACAGCAGCAGCCACGGCUCCUCCAAAACCAAGAGGUCCAGCCUGGCCAAGAGGAUCGCCAACUCCUCCGGCUACGUGGGGGAUCGCUUCAAGUGCGUCACCACUGAGCUCUACGCAGAUUCCAGCAAACUGAGCCGGGAACAGCGCGCCCUGCAGAUGGAAGGCUUAUCACAAGAGGACAGUAAUAUAUGUCAACCUGCUGCUAACUGUGAGCGUGCCAUGAUGCGCUUCUCCGAGCUGGAGCUGAAGGAGAAGGAGGGAGACGGCCAGCAGAGCCAGGGAGGAGACUGGGACAGCAGCCAGCGUAGCAGCAGGGCAGCCGGAGCCGCCCCCAGCGAGGCCGACAAGGACGGUGUGCGGGCCGGCAGCGAGAACAACAGGGUGCCUGUUCUUCAGAGAUGUGGAGCUGCGCGCGAGGCCCCGCCCCCUCCGGCGAGGGCGGACGAGAAGAGGGAGAGGGAGAGGGAGGGGGCCGGCGCGGCGUCCCCCGGCCUGCUGACAGCGGAAGGGCACCCCGCGGAGGAUGUGAGAGACAGGAAGCGUCCUCUCAGCCUGGAGGAAGGCCAGGGCCGUGGGGACGAGGAGGAGGAGGAGGAGGAGGAGGAUGAGGAGAAUGAGCAGAGGGCAGCCGUCCAAGCGAAGAGAGCGCGUCUGAACACGGAUGCCUGGCCCGAGGGGGACCUCGCCCACCCCUCUGAGCAGCUCCUGGAGGAGGUGAAAAACCUGAAGGUGUGCAUCGAGCUGACGGGCCUUCGGCUGCGCAAGCCGCGCCGCCUGCAGCACCUCCGGGAGCUGUGGGAGAGCGGGGACUCCCCCGAGGGGGCCCAGAUCACGGCGCCUCGCGGCCCCGCCCUCCCCCCGCCCCCGCUGCUCGGCGCCCCGGAUGCCGGCAGGGACAGGAAGGUCAGGGCCAGCCUGCUGGAAGAGAGACCAGCCAAGAAGAGGUCAGAGGUCAACAGGAGCUGGUGUGACGAGGUGCUCUAUAGCAGCGACUCCAGACAAGGACUCACCCCGGCACACAGGGACUGUUUGGACCUCCCUUCCCCCCGGGCGCCCCAGGCCCCCGCCCGGCUCUCUGACAAGCGGCAGCGGCUCAAGGAGCACCGCAAGGUCAGCGGUUCGGGCCCGACCUCGCCGGGCAGGGAUGGGGAUGCGACCCCCCGGCUGCGCAGGAUCGGCGACCUAGACAAGCCCAUCGGCAAGCGGCAGUGCAAGACCAAGCACAUCAGUCUAAGGGAGCGACGCGGGACGUCCCAGACCACUGAAGGCCAGCAGGACCCCGACCCGGACCCCGACCCCGACCCCACCCCCACCCCCGAGCACAAGGCCGGCCUCAAGAGGGCGUCGCGGAAGAGGUCAGCGUCCUUGUCAGACUUCGACUCGUCCCCGGCGAAGCCCCGCCCUGCCUCGCCCUGCCCUGCCGCGCCCCAGGCCCCCCAGCAGACACCGGCCGCCACACCCCAGCCCUGCCCGGUGCCCGCCGGGAACCCCCCCGCGGACACGCCCGUCAGCCGGCCCAUGCCACCCGAGGCACGCAGGCUGAUCGUCAACAAGAACGCCGGAGAGACUCUGCUGCAGAGGGCCGCGCGUCUGGGAUACGAGGAAGUGGUGCUGUACUGCCUGGAAAACAAGGUGUGUGACGUGAAUCACCGUGACAACGCGGGCUACUGCGCCCUGCAUGAAGCCUGCGCCCGCGGCUGGCUGUCUAUUGUGCAGCACCUCGUGGAGCACGGAGCCGACAUCAACUGCAGCGCUCAGGACGGAACCAGGCCUCUUCACGACGCGGUGGAGAACGACCACCUGGACGUGGUGCGCCUGCUGCUGUCGUACGGCGCGGACCCCACGCUGGCCACCUACUCUGGCCGCGGCCUGCUGAAGAUGACCCACAGCGACCUAAUGGAGUGCUUCCUGUUAGAUUACUUUGCGGACCUGCAGGGCCGCGCUGACGGGGACCCGCGCCUCUACUGGGACUUCUACGGCAGCGCAGUGUGCGAGCCUGCUGACGACCUGUCUGCUUUCGACAUCCUGGCCAACCCCCCGGGGCCGGGCGAGGAGGAGGAGGAGGAGGAGCAGAGGGAGGUGUUCGAGUUUGAGUUCUCCGACCGGCCCCUCCUGCCCUGCUACAACAUCCAGGUGUCCCUCUCCCAGGGGCCUCGGAACUGGCUGCUGCUGUCAGAUGUGCUGAAGAGGCUGAAGAUGUCGGCGCGGACGUUCCGCGCCACAUACACCAACAUCGAGGUGGCAACCAUCGCAGAGGCGGAGUUUUACAAGCAGGCAUCCCUCAGCCAGCUGUUCUCCAGCCCGGACGAGCUGGAGGGCUUCCUGCCAGACAGCAAGGAGCUGCUGGACCUGGUGGAGAUCAGCAGCGAGCUGGUGGCCCUGCUCGGCUCCUCCCUGGAGUGUCUGGAUGACAGCUGGGACCCCGUUGCCACGGCGAGGUCCUGACCCAGCCGGGGCCCCGCCCACCUGUACAUAGUGUAGAUAGCAGGGGAACACAGACAGCCGUCUCUCCUCACCAAAGGGUGUGACGCGUUCAGCUCUAAUUCAGAAGGACUCUUAAUUUAACAUUUAUCUUAUUUUUAUAAAUAAAUAUAUAAAUAUAUUUCUUUUGAUUUGUG